AAAUAUUAAAGAAAUAUGUUCAAACAAGCUGCCGGACUUCAAGGUCUUCUGAAAGAUGGAUCAAGACACUACACUGGAUUGGAGGAAGCCAUCCUCAAGAAUAUUGAUGCUGUCAAGACUCUGUCAAAAAUGACAAGAUCUUCCCUAGGCCCACACGGUAUGAACAAAAUGGUAAUCACUCAUAUUGGCAAAUUGAUUGUCACCAGUGACGCUGCCACAAUUGUUAAGGAGAUCGAAGUACAGCACCCCGCUGCCAAAAUGGUUGCAAUGGCUGCCGCAAUGCAAGAAAGCGAGGCAGGAGAUGGAACUAACUUCGUCCUUACUCUUAGUGGAGAGCUUAUGCAACAAGCUGAGAACCUGAUUCAGGAGGGACUCCAUCCAAGUGAUAUUCUUCUCGGAUAUGAGAAAGCCUCCCAAAAAUGUCUCGAAUACUUAGAUUCUUUGGUAUGCUACUCUAUUGAAGAUAUGAAGAAUGAGGAAGAAGUCCAGAAAUGUAUUAGAAGUGUUGUUGCCUCGAAACAUUAUGGAAAUGAAGACCUUCUUGCUCCACUGAUCGCUAAAGCAUGCAUCUAUGCCAUGCCAGAAAAUCCAAAGGAAUUCGUCGUUGACAAUGUUAGAGUGACUAAAAUUCUUGGAGGAGGUCUCACUGACAGUCAAGUUAUCCAUGGAAUGUGUGUUAUCAGAGGAUCUGAAACUACAGUUCACAACGUAAAGGAAGCUAAGGUUGCUGUCUUCAACUGCCAACUCGAGGCUGAGAAUGGAGAUACUAAGGGAACUGUCCUUCUCAAGACUGCGGAAGAGCUUGCUAACUACACUAAAGGGGAAGAAGAAACUAUGGAGAAAUUUGUCAAAAAGCUUCAUGACACUGGCAUCAAUGUAGUUAUUUCUGGUGCAUCCAUCAGUGAAGUAUGCCUCCACUACAUGGAAAAAUACAAAAUCAUGGUUCUGAGAAUUCACUCUAAAUUUGAGACAAAGAGAAUCGCUUCCACUCUUGGAGGAGCCAUUCUUGUCAGAAUGGACGCUCCAACUCCAGAAGAAGUUGGACAUGCAGAUGAAGUAUAUACCACAGAAAUCUCAUCCACUCAAUGCACUAUUUUCAGAAGGGAUGAAGUAGACAACAGAAUUGGAACUAUUGUUUUGAGAGCUAGUACCAUCAAUGUCCUCGAUGAUGCUGAAAGAGCCAUUGACGAUGGAGUCAACACAGUCAAAAACAUGACUAAGAAUUCUGCCUUCUGUGCUGGAGCUGGAGCCACAGAGAUCCAUCUCUCUUCUCAACUUCAGACCUACGCUAAGACUCAGCCAGGACUCGACCAAUAUGCAGUUGAAAGAUUUGGACAAGCCUUUGAAGUGAUUCCAAGAACUUUGGCAGAAAAUGCUGGACUUAAUGCCGAAGAAAUCAUUGCUAAGCUCUUCUCUGAAACCGCUAAAUCUCCCUUCUAUGGUAUUGAUGUCGAAGAUGGCAAAGUAAAGGAUAUGAAAGCUCUUGAAAUUUAUGACUCCCUUGAAUGCAAGAGCUGGGCCAUUAAACUCGCAGUUGAUGCCGUACUCACAAUUCUAAAGGUAGAUCAAAUUAUUAUGUCAAAGCCAGCAGGAGGACCAAAACCAAGAGAAGCCAGGGCUCCAGAUUUGGACUAAAU